UUUUAAGCCUUUCACGUCUAAUGUUAUGCAUGGACAGUGGAAUAUCGAAGAACUGCAUACACGCUUCGAAAAAAGGCAGGCCAACCAACCGCCUCCAUUAUCUUGAUUGAUCUGUUUCUAAACAUGAGAUAAGACGGUGAAGAAUCAAUUUUUCAAUGUGGUGCAGAAGACUUUUCUCCCUCGUGGUGUGUUUUCUAAUUGUCAUGUAAAACAUUCUUUUUUCCCUGCUUUAUAAUAUUCUGUGUUUUUGUACGUGUAAUUUUUACGAUUCAACAAUCCAUAUGUAACAAACAUCAUACCUAAAUCGACACUUAUAGAAGCUUUAGCAUUGUUGCCUGAUGCUUCGGAUGCUGAAAUCAUUCCACCUGUUUCCCCAGUGGUACCACCACCAUUAAGCAUCUACAAAGUUUACGAUCGUUUUUAACAGACGGAUCACAGGUGGCACAAGAUCAAUUUACACAAGGAUAAGAAGAGUGGGCGGAUAUUAAGGUACAUGAGAUGUGCCGACCGCUUAAAGGAACUUGUGCAGUGUCAGGGUACCGGAGUCAAAUUUGAAGAUGAAACUACUGUGACCAUACGUAAUCCACAUGCAAAUUGUUGUUCAUUCAAUAUCGAUGCAGCUCGGUAGCGAACUUCACUGGCUAAAGAGAGUGCAUGAACUUCGGAUGAUGCGUAUCGCACAUUCGACGCGCCAAAGAAAGGUGGCGAGUGAAAAUGGCCCGUAGCUAGGAGUAUUCAAUUUAGAAUUUCUACAAGUGGAUAGGAACGCAUGGGCUGAAAAAGUAUGUAAAAGAGUAUCCCUCAUUGGGGAAAUUUUACAGAAAAGUUAAGAACCUGCCUCUCUUACCUGCUAUCGAUAUUGAGGGUAUUUUCGAAUAUCUCGUUCAAACGUUGGAAUCUGAUGAGCCUGUCCCUCUUUUAAACGACAGGACUAACACAACAACUCUGGUAGAAUUGAUGGACGGUUUCAUAAAUUACUAUCGGACAACGUGGAUUGAAAAAGUAACUCCGAAUGAUUAUUCCGUUUACCUAGAAGAGAAACGAACAAAUAAUGACUUGGAGAGGAACAACCGAACCUGGCAUGAGAUAGCAGGCAACCGUCCACGUCUAAUUGUGUUCCUAGACUCUAUUGUAAACAUGAUGCAGAAAGUGCACAUGGAUUAUAAUGAGCGUCGAGAAGUCGGAAUCGUUAGACGUCGACCUUCUUCCGAAGAAGAAGUAAGAGCGAAGUUUCUUCUCAGAGGAUGGGCCACGAUUCACGGCUUGAACGACUCGGUUUCAGUGAGGCAUCGGCAGCAAGUUCUCAUGGAGUUUCUUGAGACCUCAGUGAAUAUCACUAAUGAUUUUCACAUGCGUGUGGAGUAUCUGGCAACUGGAGAGGAACCAUAACCCAGGAAACCAGGGCUUCAAGAGACGUGCGCCAUAAUAAGGCGAAAGGAACGGAGAGACAGAUUAAUUGCCAUGCGAGACACACAUUUGAAAUGUCCUAUCUGC